UGUAUGUAUGUGUAUAUAUAUAUAUAUAUAUAUAUAUAUAUACCAUUGCAGAUCCUGACAUCUAGGCUAUAUGACGGCUAAGCCCCAGCACAGCAGGAAUUGGGUACGUCAGCCGGAUGGUAUGUGCAGUGGAGCGAGGGUACAAUGCCCCCUGGUCCUCCCCCAUAAGCCGUUACUAGAGGGGGUCGCCGGUAAUUGUGCUGCCCACGUGUGCCCGGCACCAGCCCUGGCAGCGGCAGAUCAGGGUGAGGCUCUUUGUACAGCAGCUCCUCCCCAUCGGGUGCACAGCCCGGCACAGUGGGGUGGUCGCUGUGUCUCUUUCCCUGGAUGUGUCUCUUCAUGGUGGAUGGAUGUGCCCUGUAUGCCAGGAUCUGAGGAUGCCCGCUGAUGCCUGUGUGCCAGUGAUGAUGGUGUCUUCUUCUUAGGCUUCCUUCAGUGUGGAUGUGAGCUGCUCUUCUUCCUGGCUGCUUCUCCUUCUCUGUCUCUGGAUCUCUGUCUUUCUCCCCAUUUCUGGGCUGGGGGCAGGGUCACUAUCAUUCUGCUGCACAGAAGCCUCUGGACACUGGCUGUGGAUGUCACCAUUGUCAUCAGGCUAUGGAUGGGAAUCUCCCUUCACCUGUCAUUUGCUUUUAAGGUUUUCCCUGGAUGCCAUAUUCUUCUCUGUCUGUCUCCCUGGAUGUGACACUGUUCUUUGCAGUCUCACUGGAUGAGACUCUGGAUGUGAUUGUCCCUUCACACUUGGAUGUCCCUUUACUUUGGCGAUUGCUGCACAGAUCCACAAAUUCCCUAUAGUUUCCGUAUUCUCCCUUACAAGGGGUAACAUCCAUACGUCUGUGGAGACAUGUCAUCUUCAGAUGAAGAAACCCUCAGUGAGAGGUCAUAUCGUAGUGAGAGGUCAUGCCGGAGUGAGAGAUCUGGUAGUUUGUCCCCCUGUCCUCCAGGUGACACUCUGCCUUGGAAUUUGCCACGUCACGAACAGAAGAAGAGGAAAAGCAAGGACUCUGUCUUGGAUCCUGCAGAGAGAGCUGUAGUAAGAGUGGCAGAUGAACGAGACAGAGUGCAAAAGAAAACCUUUACCAAGUGGGUCAACAAGCAUCUUAUCAAGGUUCGCAAGCACAUCAAUGAUCUUUAUGAGGACCUACGGGAUGGACACAAUCUUAUCUCCCUUCUGGAAGUCCUGUCUGGUGUCAGGCUUCCCAGGGAGAAGGGACGAAUGCGUUUCCACCGACUGCAAAAUGUGCAGAUUGCUCUGGACUUUCUCAAACAACGUCAGGUGAAAUUGGUUAAUAUCCGGAAUGAUGACAUUACGGACGGAAACCCAAAGUUGACCCUUGGAUUGAUAUGGACAAUAAUCCUGCAUUUCCAGAUCUCUGAAAUUUAUGUCAGUGGAGAAUCCGGAGAUAUGUCUGCCAAGGAAAAGCUGCUCCUAUGGACGCAGAAGGUGACAGCAGGAUAUGUUGGGGUGAAGUGUACCAACUUUACUUCUUGCUGGAGUGAUGGCAAGAUGUUUAAUGCCAUUAUUCACCGCUACAGACCUGACUUGGUAGACAUGCAGAAAGUGGAAAUUCAAAGUAACCGGGAAAACCUAGAGCAGGCAUUUGAGAUAGCAGAGAGUCUAGGGGUAACCCGAUUACUGGAUUCUGAAGAUGUGGAUGUGGAUUCUCCUGAUGAAAAGUCUGUGAUCACAUAUGUGUCUUCUAUAUAUGAUGCCUUCCCCAAAGUUCCAGAAGGAGGAGAAGGAGUCAGUGCCACUGAAGUAGACUCCCGUUGGUUGGAGUACCAAGAGAGAGUAAUGUCACUGACACAAUGGAUCCGUCAGCAUAUACUUCUGAUGUCUGACAAAUCAUUUCCACAGAAUCCUGUGGAGUUAAAGGCACUUUAUAAUCAGUAUGUACAUGUGAAAGAAACUGAAAUUCCAGCAAAAGAACAAGAAAAGGCACAGAUCCAAAAAUUAUAUCAGAUGUUACAGGCCUGGAUUGAGUUUGGUCGUCUCAAACUUCCUCCAUCCUUUCAUCCUAAUGAUGUGGAGGAGCAAUGGGGGAAGCUUAUACUUUCCAUGAUAGAGAGGGAGAAAGUUCUCCGGCCUGCUGUGGAGAGGCUUGAACUGCUCUUACAAAUUGCAAACAGGAUCCAGAAUGGCUGUCUGAGCUGUGAAGAGAAGCUAACACUAGCAAGGAAUACACUGCAGUCUGAUGCUGCUAACAUUGAAUGUGGACAAAGCACUCAGCAAGAGAUUGAAGUGCUACAGUUCUUACAGGAAAGUGAGAGUCUUCUCCGUCAACUUCAGGCAGAUGUUCAGAUUCUGAGAGAUGAAAAGUAUUUCCAGGUGGAUGAACUUGCCUUCAGAGUUCUGCGAAUUCAGGAUGAACUUCUGACACUGAGGCUAGAGUAUUCCAAUUUGUACAGGAAAGGGAACUUCAUCACUUCAAACCUGCAAACCUCUGUGUCUCUUAAUACAUCUCACCAACAAGGUUUUUCCACAUCAGCUACUUCUUCCACAUCUUGGUUUCGGAAACCUAUGAGUCGAGCAGAGCUGCUUGCCUUAUCCUCAUCCGAAGAUGAAGGUAGCCUCAGAUUUGUUUAUGAGCUGCUUGCCUGGGUGGAAGAAAUGCAGUUAAAACUGGAACGUGCAGAAUGGGGUACAGAUCUUCCAAGUGUAGAGACUCAACUGGAAAAUCAGCAUCAAGUACACACCAGCGUGGAGGAGUUGUCCUCAAGUUUGCGAGAAGCAAGGAGUUAUGAGGUUAAAAUGUCUCCAAAUUUCCGCAGCAGCUAUAGAGAAACUUUAAGCAAGCUUGAAAUACAAUACUGCAAGCUAAGGGAAACCUCGAGCUCCCGUUUACGUCAUUUAGAAAGCCUCCAUAAUUUUGUGUCUCGAGCUACAGCAGAGCUCAUCUGGUUGAAUGAGAAGGAAGAGGAUGAGCUGGCCUAUGAAUGGAGUGAUGCAAAUUCCAACAUGGAGAUGAAGAAGGAUUGCUUUUCUGAACUUACACUGGAGCUGGAGCAGAAGCAUGAUGUCAUUCAAGCCUUGCAAGAAACUGCUGAACUGUUGUCAUUGGAAAAUCAUCCAGCAAAACAAACUGUAGAAGCAUAUAGUGCUGCAAUUAUUUCUCAGUGGCAAUGGGUACAACAGUUAUGUCUUUGUGUAGAGCAGCAUUUAAAGGAAAAUUCUUCCUAUUUUCAGUUCUUCAGCGAUGUUCGGGAAUCGGACGUUUAUCUGAAAAAUCUCCAAGAAUCAAUUAAGAGAAAAUAUUCCUCUGACCGCAAUACUAGUAUGAACAGAUUGGAAGAUAUGUUGCAGGAUUCUAUGGAAGAGAAGGAACAACUUAUUCAGUCCAAGAGUACAGUGGCCAGCUUGGUAGGGAGAUCCAGGAACAUAAUACAACUUAAGCCCAGAAACCCAGAACAUAGUCUCAGUGGUACUCUGCCUAUCAGAGCUAUAUGUGAUUACCGGCAAAUUGAGAUUACAAUAUGUAGAAAUGAAGAAUGUGUACUUGAAGACAACUCUCAAAGAACAAAGUGGAAGGUGAUCAGCACUACUGGAAAUGAGGCUAUGGUACCAUCUGUGUGCUUUCUCAUCCCCCCACCCAAUAAGGAAGCAAUAGAUAUGGCUGUCAGGGUGGAGCAAUUGUACCAGAAAGUGAUGGCACUUUGGCAUCAGUUACAUGUAAAUACAAAGAGUUUAAUUUCUUGGCAUUAUCUGCGCAAAGAUCUAGACCUAGUACAAGGAUGGAAUGUGGACAAGCUUAGGGUUCUGCCUUUGGCAGAACGUCUGCAGACUUUGUCCAGUCUUCAAUCUCAUCUGGAUGAUUUUAUGGAAGAUAGCAAAGAUUCACAGAUAUUCUCAUCUACCGAUCGGCUCAACAUGGAGCAGGAAGUAGAAACCUGUAAAGAGCAAUGUAGGAAGCUGGUAGACCUAAUUGAGGCUGAAGAUAAAGAUGAGUCUUUAGCUCAAACAUAUUUAUCUGAACUUCACAACAUUCGCCUGCACUUAGAAGAUUGUGAACAAAGGCUGGUGAGAAGGUUACAGAGUUCCCCAAGCUGUGAUGGAGAUGCUGUUCAUGAAAAUGCUGUUAGGAUAUCUGAGCAAGAGAGAAUGCAAGAGGAACUAAAGAGAUUAAAAUCUGAACUGUCGCUGGUAUGCGAGCGCUGCGACCACUUCUUGCAUAUGUCUCCAUCUGGAUCCAGUAGUCCAAAUGUUCGCUCACAGCUGGAUCUUAUAGUAGGGAAGAUGGAUAAAGUCUAUGGUCUGUCAUCUGUAUUUUUGGAGAAACUGAAGACAGUAGAUGUGGUUAUACGGAGUCUGCAGGGUGCUGAAGCUCUUGUUAAAGGAUUUGAAACCCGGCUGAGCCAGGAGGAUACGAUUGCUGCAGAUCCUGUUGCUAUUCAGUCUCAACAAGACUUAUUACAGCAAUGGAUGAACGAAGCAAUAGAAAAAGACAGUGUUAUUUCUGCUCUGGAGGGGGAUAUCGCAAAAACAAAGGAAGUAAGAGAGCGCCUAAAUCAGAGGACUCUAGAACGCAGCCUUGAUGUAGAUCAAUAUCAGGAAAAGACACUUAAGCUUCGGGAGCGAUGGACUGGUGUGCACACUCAGCUUGAAACACGGCAAUCAGAAUUGGCCACAAUACGAGAAGUAUUAAAAAGUUACAGGGGGCACCAUGGCAGCUUAAUCCAGUGGAUAGAGGCAACAAAAUCUCAGCAGGAAAUGAUGAAACCUGGCCAGUCAGAAGACAGGAGAGUCUUAUCUGAGCAGCUCAAUGAAGAAACGGCACUGGUGGCUGAAAUAGAGCGGAAUCAAUCUCGUUUGGAUGAAUGUCAGGCCCUUUCCCAGCAGUACUCUGUGUCUGUGAAGGAUUAUGAACUGCAACUCAUGACCUACAAGGCCUUUGUAGAUUCACAGCAGAAGUCGCCACUAAAGCGGAGAAGAAUGCUGUCUACCUCAGAUGUUAUAACACAAGAAUUUAUGGAUCUACGCACUCGCUACACUGCUCUGGUGACAUUAACUACACAGCAUGUGAAGUAUAUCAGUGACGCCCUGCGGAGACUUGAAGAAGAGGAGAAAGUUCUUGAAGAGGAGAAAGAAAGGCAUAUUGAAGAUCUAAAACAACUGUCUAGCUGGGUUUCUAGUCUGUCUCCGGUGGUGUCAGCGCAUGGUGGGAACAGUACUGACCUGAAAAAGUCAAUCUCAGAGAAAAAGGCACUAAGUGAUGAGCUUCUCUCAAAAAAGGAUGAUGUUUCUGAAGCUAUUAAGUCUAUGCAGAUCUUCUUGGCCAAGAACAAUGAUAAGUUGUCACCUGAGGAGAAAGCAGAGAUCUCUUCUCAGAUCCAGGAGCUGAAGGGAACAUAUAACAGGCUCUGUGAAGAGUCUGAUAACCAGAUACAAGUGCUUCAUACUGAGCUUGCUCGGGAGGCUGAACAAAAGGAGUGUCAUGCAAUUGCCGGAGUUAUAGAUCUGGGAUCAAUGGAGAUAUUUCCUAUAUUCUUAGCAAUGCAGAAAGGUCUAAUAGACCAAGAUACUGGUUUAAUGCUUUUGGAAGUUCAGAUUGUCCUGUCUGGCUUGGUUUUUCCUGAAACAAAUGAGAGAAUGACCUUAGACGAAGCUCUUGAAAAGAAUAUUAUAGAUUUAAGAAUGUUCCAACGUCUUCAACAUUUAGAUUUAGCCAAUACAUUGCUAGAUAAAUGCGCAGACCAAAAGAACAGAAUGAAUGUCCUCUUAACUGCAAUGAAAAAAGGGGAAAUCACUGAAAGUGUUGGUCUAAAAAUCUUGAAUAUCUAUUUGUCUUCUGGCAUACUUAAGUUAUCCACUGAUUCAGAAGAAUCUAUCAAAGAUAUGCUAGCGUGUAGCAAUCUAAUGGAAAAGAUUAAGAUAUCCUGUAAGAAGUUUAUUGAUCCAAACACUACUAAACUAGUGAGUUUAACAGAACUUAUGGAAAGCUGCAUAAUACAUGAGUCAACUGGACUGAGGCUUAUUCCAGUCAAACAGGUAGCUGGUGGAAUGGUGUGCCUCGGAUCAGGCAAAAAAGUUAAUAUCUUUAAGGCUGUACAAGAAGGACUUAUUGACAGACAAGUGGCUUUAAGGCUUUUAGAAGCACAGUUGUUUGCAGGUGGAAUAGUAGAUCCGAAAACUGGUCAUAGACUUAGUGUUGAUGAAGCGCUGAGGUACCAUUUGAUGGACAAAGAUACGGCGUGUGCUCUGCUUACACGACAGCUUUUUGAUGGUGGUAUCAUCGAUGUUGCAACUGAACAAAGAAUCUCAUUGGAUGAAGCAGUAAAAUGCCAUCUUGUAGCACCAAAACUUGCUCUUCUUGUAUUGGAGUCACUGACUUCAAUUAAAGGUUUUCUUUGGCCAGAAUCUGGGGAAGUCCUUCCUGUUUCAGAUACCAUUCAAGAAGGCAAUGUUUCUACUGAGCUGGCAAUAAAAAUUCUUGGAAACCGACACCAGAUCCAAGGCCUAUAUGUCUUAGAAAAUAAAGAAGUAAUGACUUUGGACAAAGCCAUUCAGUGCGGGGUCUUAGAAGAAAGCAAUGCCAAAACAUUGCAGUCUACCUUUAUUCCGGAUUUAGAGCCCAGUCUGUCAUCAGAAUUCUUUCAACAGCCUGGAGUCCAACCAUUUUCUCUUUCUUGGACCAGCAGUUCACAUCCCGUUGAUAGGAAUAUAUUGGAAAUUCUAAUGAAUUCACAAUCUGAGUACAAAGAAAAACUAGUGUCUUUAAGACACUUGAGCUACGUAAAUAUUCAUAAUGGUCAGAGACUGCUGCUUAUUAAAAACAUGGAAAACAAAGCUGAGGAGCUAUUCUUAGGGGAUAGUCCAUACUAUUUUAGUGAAGAGAGUCCUAAUAUUAAACACUUUGCUAGUGAGAAAAGUCUUGAUCUAGAACAGACCAGAUGUUCUGAACUUAUGGAAACUCUUACAGAAAUAAAUACAGACAAAGUGAGUGAGCUAGAACCAUUCAUGUUGCCAAAAGAGAGCAUUUUGUCCUUGUGUGUGGAUCACCCUCAAACACAGGACACACAUUCUUUUCAGCUUAAUAGUUCAGUUGAAAUCCAAGACCAAAAUGCUUCCAAACACACUGCUGCAGAUUUACAGCCUUUGGUAUAUACACAAAUAACGUCUGACAGAGAACCAACCAAAAAUAUCACUCAACUUCCUGGGAGAGGAUCGAUCACUUCCAAUAAUAGAGCUCAGGCUGAAAGCCAAUCAUGCAUUAUGUCUGAGCCUGAAAUGUUGCUAAAUGAGACAGAUUUUCAAAAGCCUAUAUUUACCAUAGAAAGGGCAUCAUCAGAAAUGGCUUUUAAUAGUAAAAAUGAAAAUAUUAUCCCAGAACAAAUUUCAUGUGAUGGUGUAAAACAUCUUAAAGUAACAUCCAAGCAAAGUAUUGCCACAAUUGUAAGCAAGAAACCUGAAGACAUAGAAGUUUUACCACAUGUUAAUAAAGAUCUGUUUUAUGAUGAAAAUGUUUCCUUUGACCUCGAAGAGGAGGAUACUUUAAAUAUGCUGUCUGAACAGAUAAUACAUGGAGGUAUCAUAGAUUCAAAUUCUGGUCAGAAGCUUCUUUUAAAUGAGGCAGUUGCCAUGGGGGUCAUCUCCAGCCACACAGCUUUAAGACUCAUGGAGCGUCUUGGAUUAUUCUCUGGAUUUUUUGAUUCCCAGUCAUGUGAGGCAUUAACAAUACAGGAUGUAAUAGAUGAAGGGCUGAUGGAUGAAAAUCUCUUGCAAAAAGUCUUCAACUCAGACAAGUCAGUUGCUGGGAUUGUAGACAUGCAAAAUAACCAGAUAUAUUCUGUUCAAGAAGCAAUGAAAGCAAAACUCAUUACUGAAAAAAUAGCCAAAAGCAUUUUAGAAGUCCAGGUGAUCACUGGGGGUAUACAUGAUGUGAAGAGAAGCAAGAGGAUAUCGGUCACAUUAGCCUCUAGUUUGAACUUGGUAAAUCCUUUGGAUAAGGAAGAACUAAUAAGGUUAGAAAAAGCUUCUAAAGGGAAAAGUACGGACACAAUAACCAAAGAAAAACUCCUAAGCUUACAGUUAGAGUCAAGUGGGAUCCCCGAUCCAAAGUCUAAGAAACCUAUGCCUUUAGUGGAGGCCCUCAAUAAGGGUCUUAUUAGCAGACAUGAUACUAUCAUGCUUUUAUCUAGGCAAAUUCAAGAUGGUGGUAUAAUACAUCACUUAUCAGGGAUGCGAUUUUCUGUGCUCGAUUCCCUUAAACACGGGUUGAUUGAUCAAGAUAUAUUUGAGGAACUCUCAGAGUUUGAAUGUAUUUAUCAGUUACAGCUUUCUCAGCCCUCAGGAGGGGAUGAAAGAAUCCUGUCUUCCAAUAGUGGUAGUGUUAUGCCAUGUAAUUUACAUUGUGAGCAAGAGAAUGGGGAUAUACCAUAUACAGACAUGUUACAGAAAUGUAAAAUCGAUGUUCUGACUGGACACAAAUAUGCAGAACUUGACUUACUGACAAAGCAUUUACAUGAGCGCCCAAUAGCUUCUGAAGAUUCUAAGUUAGGAUUUUCCCAGUCAAUAUCUUCUGUGAGUCAAGACACUCAGUAUAAGCACACACAUGGUUCAGGAGGUAACCACGUUCCUGGAGAUCCCAAAGAGAAUCAGAGUGACGUUAAACAGAGAGCACAUGCUGGUCAUGUGACUCCAAAUAAGGGCCAGGAUGAGAGUUCUUCAUCCAUUUUUAGAGGUAAUGUUACAGAUAUGAGCCAUAGUGAAGUGUCUUCUAAAAAUAAAGAGCCUUUUGACCUCAGGAAAUCAAACAUUGCAGACCAUAUCAUAGUGGAUAUUAAUGCUAGAGAGUUGAAGAUGCCAGUUAGUGAUAAGGUGCCAAUAACAUUACUUUCUAAAAACUCCUCAACCAUUGUUGACCUGACAAAACAGACUACAAAGUUAAAUGGAUCUUCAGUCCUAGGCAUUGAGACCACACAUUUCAGUGACAAAGUAGACUGUGAUUUAAAGAAAAAAGCUGUAUCAAAGACUUCUACUGUCACAACAUCAUCUAUUAAAGGUCCAGCAGUUGUAAAGAAAUUGUCACAUACUGAGCAUCUGGAUGAAUCUACUCAGAAAGCUGCAUCAAUAUCUUUAAAGAAGGACAAGUCUUCAAGUCCAGAUAAUAGUUUGUUUGGUUUUCCAUCUGAAUCUCAGAUAGAUGGAGGAAAAUCAGGUUUACCUGGAAACCAGACUAUUCUUACUAGAACCAGCGAAAGUCACCUAUCUAUUCCUCAAAUUGUGAAAGAACAGGAUGCAAGCAGUUCUGAAGGAAAGGCACCAACCCAGCUCACUGAGACACACCAAGCUUUUGCAAAUAUGCAGGAUAAGCUACAUCUUAAUACAUUUUUAACAAACCUUAAAAGUCAAAGUACUCAAAGUUCACCAGUAGAGCAUACUAAGGACAUAAAAGAACCUUUGGAUGCAAGUUUUGUUUCUGAAGAUGGAAAAAUUGCUAUUGGUAAAGGUGCUUUACUGCCGUUACACAGCGAUUCUAUUGAAUAUUUAAACACACUUGCUGUACAGAAGGCAUCUGAGCUAAUAGACAAGGAAAUUUAUAUGAAACCAGAGGACAAGAUUUUGGACAUUGAUGGUCAGGAGGAAGACGCAGAAUCAAAGGAUAAGUCUAACCUUCAAGAGUAUGCUCUAGAUUCAGUAAAAAAUUCCAGACUGAAUGGAGAGGAACCUGGUCCUGGCCAAGAUAGGACUAUCCCUAUUGAAGAAGGACAAGUUAGAGAAACAGACCAUACAUCUAAAACCUUCACCAAAGAACCCCCCAAGAAUUUACAAGACACCCGAAAUAAGCAAGCUUGCCUUCAGCAUGAAGAGAAUCUUGUGUGUUUCCUUUCAAUGCUACGAGAUAUUGAAGUAAAGUUGGGAUCUCUGCAGCCUGUCUUACCAGGCCUACAAGAUGUCCAGGAGAAAUUGAGACAAGCAGAGAUGCUUGACCAAGAACUGAAGAGUUUGGAGUCUCCUGUUGUCAAGGAGCUUGACUUUGUGAAGCUGAUAGUUUCUGAACAGCCGUCUCAUGUGCCAGCUCAACUUCUGCGGGCUUUAGAGAAAGAUGCUAAGAACUUAGAGAAGUCACUAAAUUCCAUCAGAGAGAUUUCUGAGUCACGUGUUAAACAGCUCAACUCUGUAUUUGAGCUUGAAAAGGAAAAAGUGUGUUCUGAGCAUCAGGAGCUGGAAAGCAAACUGCAGACUCUUUUGCAGAGGGUAAAGAAGAUCUCUCUCUCUUUUGACUGCCAGAAGACAAGUGAUUCUGGAUCAGCAUCUACAGUAGUCAAAGAGUUGAAUGUUGUAGAGAAUUUGAAGCAACCUGUGGCUGACAUCAGAGCUGACCUGGAGAACAUUGCCUAUGAUGUUCAGUUCUUUAUUUCUGAGCAAGCUCAAAAUUUGUCACCACAACAAAGCCGCACAUUGCUUCGUCUACUGAAUGAGCUGCAAAAAUCUUUUCGGGAGACUUCUGAAAGGUUGUCGGCUCAGACUGAAGUUCUGCAGUUCCGUGAACAACAGACACUUCAGGAGCAGCAGGUGGUUUGUGCCCAAGAACUAGAAGAGUUGUGCUCUUGGGCUGAACAAAUAGAUAAAGCUGUGAAUGAUCACCAGACCAGUGCCAGCACACAGGACCUCUCAAGGCUUCAGGAUCAGUACCAGAGCAUGCAGAAACUCCACAAGGAUGUUCAAGCUCGAGCUAACCAAUUUUCAAGUGCCAUCAAAGCAGCAGAAAACUUCCUUGAACGGAACAGAAACAGAAUGAAUCCUGAUGAACUGGAGGCCUUUCAAAGAAAGUUACAGAAGGCUAAGGAACAGUAUAAGUCUGUGCUUGAAAAAACAGGGGAGACCGAAAAACAUCUAGAGUCUGCAGUGAGCACUGCUGUUUUAGAGGAAACCAAAAAGUCUAAAACUGCUGAAGAGCUAAAGGAAAAUCUGGGAAAGAUAGAGUCUCUUCUGUGUCAGGUGCUUCCUUCUAUUUCAAAUAAAAGCAACCAGCAGAAAGCAAGUGUUACUGAUGGAAAAGACCCUGGGAGGAAAGAAUCAGCUGUAUGUCAUCCUCCAGAAGAUGCUGCAAACAUUAUUAAUAACUUGUAUGAAAGGAAGAAGACACAGUAUCAAGAAAUGUUAGCCAAACAGCAAAAUUUUAUCUUGACAAUACAAUCGGCACAAGAUUUCUUAGAUAAACAUGGGAGUACAUUAUCCCCUGAUGAGAGAGAACGGUUACAAAACCAGCUGGCACGUUUAAAGGAAGAGUACGCUACCUCACUGUCUGAAGCUCAAGUACAAUUGAAACAUUCACAAAGCUUGCGUGAUGAUCUGCAAAACUUCAUCCAUGACUAUGGAGAGUUUGAGAACUGGCUCCAGCAGACUGAAAAAGAACUGGACAACAUGCAGAAUGGGGCAGCAGACUUUACAGCAUUGCAUGACUUACUGCAGCAGCAAGGAGAUUUCUCUGAAGACGUUAUUUCACACAAAGGAGAUCUGCGAUACAUUACCAUUGCAGGCCAGAAAGUCAUUGAUGCAGAGAAAUCAGCUGCUCAACAGUGCAAUGAAGAUUUGGAGGUGCAAGUUGCUGGAGCUUUAGUGAAAAAUAAACUUGAAGAUGCUUCAAAAAGAUACAGUGCCUUGCAUUCAAAGUGCUCCAAGCUGGGAACUCUUUUACAUUCUUUAUUGAACCAGUAUCAGCAGUUUCAGGAAGGAUCAGAUGCAGCAGUAAGCUGGCUGCAGAAUGCUGAGUUAGUUGCAGAAAAGUUACUUUCAGAACCCGUAGCAUCAGAUCCAGGUGCUCUGCAGGCUCAGUUGGAGAAAGCAAAGAGUAUGCAAUGUGAAAUCGCAGAGCAUCAAGUACAAGUGGAGAAAGUUCAUAAGGCUGUCCGUGGUCUGCAGGAAAUCAAAGGAGAUCCAUUGCCAGACUGCGGGAAGAUCCAGGCAACAGCUGAUUCUAUUGAAAGCCGGUUCCAGAAUCUCUCCAGCAAAAUGUCUGCUCACUCAGAUUUACUGCAGAAGUCAGUAGCUCAGUCUCAGAGUGUUCAGGAAGGCCUGGAACACCUCUUGCACUGGUUGGAAGGAAUAGAGAACACACUAGAAAGGCAAAAACAGUCAUCUAUGUCCUCUUUAUCAAUCCAGGAGGCUCUCGCUCAGAACAUGAAAUUAAGGCAAGAUAUUGGAAGUAGAAGAGGAAGCCUAGAUGCCACUGGAGAAAUGGUGGUAAAGUUCAUGGAAAAGGCAGACAAAGCCGCAGCUGCUACCCUCCAAAACAAGCUAUCUGAAGUCUCUGCACGGUUUGAAAAAGUGUGCCAGCAGCAGAUCUUGCAAGAAACUGCUCUAAAAGAGGUGCUUCCAAAAGUGGAAAGAUAUGAGCAGAUCUCAGAAGCACUACAAGAUUUUAAAGAAACAAGGUUGCAGUUGCUAGCUUCAGGAAACAAGCCAGAUAGAGACAUUGCUCAUUUUUCAGAGCAAAUUCAGGAGUUGAACAUAGAGAUAAAGCAACAAGAACAACAGCUGGAUACUUUAGAACAUCUAGUUACAGAUCUGAGCAUCUGCCCGCUUCUUUUGGAUACAUCCGAGCACUUACAGAAGGUUCAUACCCUGAAGAAGGAUUUUCAGGAUCUUCAGGAGGCAGCGAGAGAGAGACAAAAGGAAGCAUUGUCUUGCCAGGAAGAGCUAGAAGAGUUCAAGAGGCUGGUUGGCAGUAUGAGAAAGUGGCUGAAGGAUAGUGAAGACAGUGUGCCAUCAUGUGAAGGUUCUCAUGGAUCACUUGAAUUACAGAUCUUACUGCAACAAGUCCAGGACCUCUUAAAAGAGUGGAAACUGAAGGGUCCCAUAGUGGAAGUCAUUACACAUAAAGGAUCUGAAUUGGAGAACAGAAUUAUGGAGAUAACCGCAUCGGAAAGCCAACUGCAGAGAGGUUCUGUUCUGAUGGCAUCAGUGAGCACAGUAGGGAAUGUUAAUGGAUAUCAUACUUGCCAAGAUUUGACUGGGAUACAGUGUGAUGUUUCUGAAAUUAGUCAGAUGUAUGAAGAACUUGGAGUAGUACUGAAAAACCGUGAGGAGCAGUUGUCUACCAUGGUGGAAAAGAUGAAGAAUGUUCAGCAAGAAACAAAUCAGAUGCUGCAGUGGUUGGAGUCUAAAGAAAGUAUUAUUACUGCUGUCAAUGUUUCACCAAAGAAGAGUGAAAUUGUUAAAGCACAAGCAGAACAGAACAAGGAGUUCAUAUCUGAACUUGAACAGAGUUCUGAAAAAGUGGAAAAGUUGAAAGCUGAGCUGAAAGAUUUGCUGGAAAAGUAUCCUAACUCCCCUGAGGCUGAGACCUGGAGGCAAAUGCUGGAAAAUCUUAAUAAACAAUGGGAUCGAGCUAAUCAAGUUACCUCUGAGCGACAGAAAAAAUUGGAGGAGUCUGCCAACCAGCUGGCUACCUUUCAAGCUGCUGGAUCCCAGCUACGUCCAUGGCUGAUGGAGAAAGAGCUGAUGAUGAGUGUUCUGGGCCCUCUCUCAAUUGAUCCCAACAUGUUGAAUGCACAGAAACAACAGGUUCAGUUUAUGUUAAAGGAAUUUGAAGCUCGCAAAACCCAGUAUGAAGAGCUAAAGCAUGCAGCCUAUGGUAUCCUGACAGGCCCUGGAGAUGAAUCUCCAUCCACCAGCCAGGUUGAAGAUGAUUUCAAUGAAAUCAGCCAGAAGUGGACAGAGUUAACCAGCCGUCUGAAUUCCAGAGCUGACCAUAUUGAUCAAGCUGCUGUGAAGAGUACCCAGUAUCAAGAGGUCUUACAAGGACUUACAGACAAGAUAAAGCAAACUGGGAAAAAACUUGGUGCACAAUCAGCAGUUAGCACCCAACCUGAUGCCGUAAAACAGCAUCUGCAAGAAACUAGCGGAAUUCGCUCAGAACUGGAGACCCUUGCUCAAGAAGUUGCUGAAGCUCAGAUCUUAUGCAGUGAAUUGUCUGCUCUUGUGGCAGAACCAUACCUCAAAGAUGAACUUCAAAAGCGACUUGACACUGUGGCUCUUCCUCUUAAAGGAAUGGAAGAUUUGGCAGCGGAUCGUGUAAAUCGGCUACAGACAGCUCUUGCCAGUUCUCAGCAGUUCCAGCAGAUGUUUGAUGAGUUGAGAAACUGGCUGGAGGAAAAACAGAUGCAACAGUCCAAGAGUCAACCAGUGUCAUCCAAACUGGAGAAGUUGCAGUCUCUUCUUCAGGAGCAGGAGGAAUUCCAGAAAACAUUGAACCAGAAUAGUGGGUCCUAUGAAAUGAUUGUUACAGAGGGUGAAUCUUUGCUUCUAUCCUCUCAGCCGGGUGAAGAGAAAACUGCACUUCAAAAUCAGCUAGCAAGUCUAAAAUCAAACUGGGAAGAACUAGGGAAGAAGACAUUUGAAAAACUUGGCAAGCUGAAAGAUUGUUUGCAUAAAGCCCAGAAGUAUAGAAGACAUGUUGAAGAUCUUGUACCUUGUUUAGAAGAUAGUGAAAAUCAGCUGAAACAAAUGCAGGUCACUCUUGACCCCAUGCACCUUGAUGCCCAGCUUCUCAGAGCAAAGGUUCUCCAAAGUGAAAUGGACAAGAAACGUUCUCUAUUGGAGAUGAUGAACAGCACAGCAGACCUCCUAACAGAAGCUGCUGAAGUUGACGACCAAGACAUUUUAGAGGAGAAGGCCCAGCUAAAUCAGAGGAUGGACAGUGUCACAGAACAGCUACAUGCCAAAGCAGGGUCUAUUGAAGAGAUGUCUCUGAGACUUAAGGAGCUUAAUGACAGUUUUAAAAACAUUGAUAAGAAGUUGGAAGGAGCCAAACAUCACUUGGAGAUCUAUGCAGCACUUGGUUCUCAAGCCUGUAGCAGUAAGAACUUAGAAAACAUGAAAUCUCAACAGGAAAUGCUGCAGAAUCUGGACACUCAGGUUCAGUACUUGAAAAAUCUUAUUCAAGGUUUGACUGAAGAUGCUCCAAAAGGAUCUGAUGUCUCUAGUCUGCUACAUCAGGCAGAAGAUGUACAACAUGACUUUGAGACUGUAAAACAAGAAGUGAAUGAGUGCUGUUUGAAUAUGGAACAAAAGCUUCAAGGAAUUGGUCAAUUUCACUCAGAUGUUAGAGAAAUAUUCUCGAAUCUGACUGAUCUAGACGAUGAACUUGAUAACAUGGGCCCAGUGGGGCGAGAUGUAGAUAGUCUCAGGUCACAAACUGAAGUCAUCCAGAAGUUUUUGGAAACUCUACAAGGCUUAAAAGCUGAUGUUGAAUUUUCAGAAAAGAAGUGCAGAGUUAUGUUAGAAAAUGAGGGAGGACCUGAUCUCAUUGCAUUAAUGCGAGAACUUGGCACACUGAAUAAACAGUGUGUUAAACUGACUGAAAGGGGCAAAAACCGACAGCAGCAAUUGGAAGCCACACAGAGAAGAGUUGAGGACUUUAACCUGAAACUAAAAGAAUUGAAACAGCAGAUUUUGACCGCAGAGGGCAGCAGUGCGUUGCAGGAGGUUGUUAGCACUGAAGUGGAAGCUAUUAAGCAGCAGUUAGGAGAUUUUAAGGCUUUUCAAAAGGAGCAGGUAGACUCCCUACAGGUCAGGCUGCAGCAAGUGAAUGGCCUCGGUCAGGGUCUGAUUCAGAGUGCGGACAAAAACUGUGAUGUGCACGGACUAGAACAUGACACGGAGGAGCUAAACACCAAAUGGAACACACUAAACAAAAAGGUGGCAGAGCGAGUGACACAGCUCCAGGAGGCUCUGCUGCAUUGUGGGAAGUUCCAGGAUGCUCUGGAACCGCUGCUCAGCUGGCUCACCGAUACAGAAGACCUGAUUGCAAAUCAGAAGCCCCCCUCUGCCGAAUACAAAGUGGUGAAGGCUCAAAUUCAGGAACAAAAGCUCCUGCAGCAUCUCCUGGAUGAUCGCAGAUCAACUGUAGACAUGAUUCAAGUUGAAGGUACACGAAUUGCAGAGGGCGCGGAACCUGCGGAUGGGGAGAAAAUUAACCGUCAAUUGGAUACUCUAAAGGAGAGGUGGUCAUCUCUGCUGCAAAAGGCACAGUCAAGGCAAAAACAACUUGAUGACAUAUUAGUUUUAGCCAAGCAGUUUCACGAAACAACUGAACCCAUAUUUGACUGGCUUUCCGCCACAGAGAAGAAGUUGGCAAAUUCUGAGCCAAUCGGCACUCAGACAGGAAAAAUUCAGCAACAGAUUGUACGCCACAAGAGUCUAGAGGAUGAUGUAACAGUCCAUGAGACUGAUGUAUGUCAAGCUGGAAGGCUAGUGGACAGUCUUUCUUCCCUGUGCUGUGCCGCUGAGCGUGAUAGGCUGGCACAGAAUCUAGACUACUUGCAUGCUCGGUAUAAAGAGGUUCAGGAUCUAUGCAGCAGGAAAAGUGCCUUGCUGGGGCAAGCUCUGAGCAAUGCCAGGUUGUUUGGGGAGGACGAAGUGGAAGUCCUGAACUGGCUGGCAGAAGUAGAAGAUAAACUGAGCUCUGUCUCUGUUAAGGAUUACAAGUUGGAGGUCCUACAGAAUCAACACAAAAACCAAAUGGCACUAAGUGAAGAAAUAAUCAAUAGAAAGAGAAAUGUAGAUCAAGCUGUUAAAAACGGACAAGCUCUGUUAAAGCAGACAACAGGUGAGGAGGUACUGCUGAUCCAGGAGAAGUUGGAUGGCAUCAAAACACGGUACUCUGAGAUCACGGCAUCAAGUGGAAAGGCUCUCAGGACUUUGGAGCAGGCCUUACAACUAGCCAGCAAAUUCCAGACCACCCAUGAGGAGUUGACUAGCUGGCUAGGAAGGGUUGAGGAUGAACUUGCUCGCACAAGCAGGCAGUCUCCGGCAGGAGAUUUGAUUCCACUGUUCCAACAGCGGCAAAAGGAAUUAAAGAAGGAGGCCAUGGAGUACCGCAUAGUCCUUGAUACCAUUAAUGAGGUGGGCAGUGCCCUACUAGAACUUGUUCCUUGGAGAGCCCGUGAGGGUCUAGACAAACUUGUCUCAGAUGCCAAUGAACAGUAUAGAUCGGUCAGUACUACUAUCGGACAUAGGGUUGAUCAGAUAGAUGCUGCCAUUCAAAGAUCACAGCAGUACGAGCAAGCUGCUGACGCAGAGUUAGCCUGGGUGGCUGAGACCAGGAGAAAACUUUUGGCACUCGGUCCAGUCUGCUUGGAGCAGGAUCAGACUACAGCCCAGCUCCAAGUGCAAAAGGCUUUCUCUGUAGACAUUAUUCGCCAUAAGGAUUCAAUAGAUGACUUGAUUGGAACACAGGAAGACAUUCUGGGAACAUGUGGAGAAGAACAAAAGGCCAUUUUACAAGAAAAAACGAAAUUGUUGCUGCAGCAGUAUGAGGAGGUCAGCCACAUAAAUGCAGAGCGGUCUGCCCGUCUGGAACGUGCACAGGUUCUUGUGGGUCAGUUCUGGGAAACUUAUGAGGAAUUAAACCCCUGGAUUGAAGAAAUGAAGGCCACAAUUUCCCAGCUGCCACCUCCUGCUGUCGAUCAUGACAUGCUUAAGCUGCAGCAAGAAGAAAUAAGGCAAUUGAGAGAAUCUGUGGCUGAGCACAAGCCUCACAUUGACAAGCUGUUAAAGAUUGGUCCACAUCUAUGUGAUCUAAAUCCUGAGGAAGGGGCAGUGGUGCAAGAAAAGUACAUCAAAGCAGAAAAACUCUAUCUGGGAAUUAAGGAAGAGGUUCGCAAGAUGGCCUUGGCAUUGGACGAUGCACUGGCACAGGCUGCUCAGUUCCAUGACAAGGUGGGACCUAUGUUGGAGACACUGGAGAGCAUGGCUUCUCGUCUACAUAUGCCUCCUUCAAUACCUGCAGAGGUGGAAAAGAUCCGUGAUUGUAUCAGUGAGAACAAGAACACUCUUAUGGAACUUGAAAAAUUACUACCUUCCUUUGAGGCCUUGAAACAUCGUGGGGAGGAGCUACUCAGUCGCUCACAAGGACCAGACAUGGAUCCUGCAGCAAAAGCCAUUCAGGAUAAACUGGAUCGGCUUACAUUCUUCUGGGAGGAUAUCAAAACCAAAGCAGAUGAGCGUGAAAUGAAAUUGUUGGAUGUUCUUGAGCUAGCUGAGAAAUUUUGGUUAGACAUGAAUUCGCUAUUGACAACUAUCAAAGACACACAUGAGAUUGUCCAUGAUCUGGAGAGUCCUGGAAUUGACCCCUCAAUGAUUAAACAACAGAUUGAAGCUGCAGAUUCCAUCAAGGAGGAAACAGACGGACUUCAUGAAGAGUUAGAGUUUAUUAGAAUCCUUGGAGCUGAUCUUAUAUUUGCUUGUGGAGAGACUGAAAAGCCAGAAGUAAAGAAAAGCAUUGAUGAGAUGAAUGGAGCCUGGGAAAAUCUGAAGAAAACUUGGACAGAACGUCUGGAGAAACUAAGAGAAGCAAUGUCUAAUGCCGUGCAAUAUCAAGAUACCUUGCAGGCAAUGUUUGACUGGCUGGAUAAUGCUGUUAUUAAACUGUGUGACAUGCCUCCUGUCGGGACAGAUAUCAAUACAGUAAAGGAGCAAAUCAAUGAAAUGAAGGAGUUUAAGGUGGAGGUUUACCAGCAACAAAUUGAAAUGGAGAAAUUAAAUCAUCAAGGAGAGCUGAUGUUAAAGAAAGCCAUUGAUGACACCGAUCGUGACAUCAUUCAGGGACCCAUCACUGAACUGAAGCAUUUGUGGGAGAAUCUGGGAGAGAAAAUUACACACAGACAGCACAAGUUGGAAGCUGCCCUGCUGGCCCUUGGACAGUUCCAACAUGCUUUAGCAGAAGUAAUGUCAUGGCUGACACACACAGAAGAUUUGCUGGAUGCUCAGAAACCCAUCAGUGGAGAUCCUAAGGUUAUUGAGGUGGAGCUCGCAAAGCACCAUGUACUAAAAAAUGAUGUGCUAGCUCAUCAAAGCACUGUGCAUACUGUCAAGAAUGCUGGAAGUGAAUUGCUUGAAUCCAGUCCUGGAGAGGAUGCCAACAGUCUUAGAAGUCGCCUGCAAUUGCUGAAGCAGUUGUGGGAGACUGUCCUGCAGAAAACAGAGGAGAGAGAGCAGCAGCUGGAUAUGGCUCUUCAGCAGGCUCAAGGUUUCACUGGCGAGAUUGAAGAUUUCAUCCAGUGGCAGAGCAGAAUAGAAAGCCAUCUUUCAGCUGCCAAACCCACUGGUGGUCUUCCGGAGACAGCACGGGAACAGCUUCAAGCUCAUAUGGAAUUGUUUGCUGAAGUAAAAGCAAAUGAAGAACUAUAUAAACAGCUUCUGGACAAAGGGCAGCUUAUGCUUUUGAGCCGAGAUGAUUCUGUAGGGUCUGUCACAGAACAGAAUGUUGCUAUUCUUAAGCGAAAAUGGCAAAACAUUAACAACAAAGUAGACGAGAGGAAGGUAAAAUUGGAAGAAGCUCUCAACCUAGCUACUGACUUCCAGAAUUCAUUGCAAGACUUUAUCAACUGGUUGACUCAAGCUGAGCAGAGUCUGAACAUUGCGUCGCCUCCUAGUCUCAUUCUGGACACAGUUUUUUUUCAGAUUGAUGAACAUAAGGUUUUUGUAAAUGAGGUUAAUGUACAUCGGGACCAAAUAAUUGAGUUGGACAAAACCGGUAACCAACUAAAGUUUCUCAGUCAGAAGCAGGAUGUUGUCCUAAUAAAGAAUCUCCUGCUGAGUGUCCAGUCUAGAUGGGAGAAGGUGGUUCAGAGAUCUGUGGAGAGAGGGCGAUACUUGGAUGAUGCUCGAAAGAGAGCAAAACAGUUCCAUGAAGCCUGGAAGAAAUUGGUUGACUGGUUGGAGGAGGCAGAGAAUCAUCUGGAUUCUGAGCUUGAAAUCUCCAAUGAUCCGGACAAGAUUAAAUUACAGCUUUCUAAGCAUAAGGAAUUCCAAAAAACAUUGGGAAGUAAACAGCCAGUUUAUGACACGACUGUCAGAACAGGACGUGCAUUAAAGGAAAAGGCCUCACUAAGUGAUGAUGUGCAGAAACUAGACCAUCUUCUUGGAGAAGUGAGGGAUAAAUGGGACACAGUGUGUGGAAAAUCAGUUGAAAGACAGCAUAAGCUGGAGGAAGCUUUACUGUUCUCUGGCCAGUUUAUGGAUGCUUUACAGGCUCUGGUUGACUGGUUAUACAAGGUGGAACCUCAGUUGGCAGAAGACCAGCCAGUGCAUGGGGACUUGGACCUUGUAAUGAACUUGAUGGAUGCCCACAAAGUUUUCCAAAAAGAGCUUGGCAAGAGAACCAGCAGUGUUCAAGCUCUAAAGCGUUCUGCCCGAGAGCUGCUGGACAGUAGUAGAGAGGAUACUACCUGGGUAAAGGUUCAACUUCAGGAACUUAGCACACGAUGGGACACUGUCUGUAAACUGUCUGUGUCCAAACAGACCCGUCUGGAGCAAGCGCUGAAGCAGGCUGAGGAGUUCCGUAGUACUGUCCACAUGCUCCUGGAGUGGCUGUCAGAGGCAGAGCAGACUUUGCGUUUUCGGGGUGCUCUUCCUGAUGAUGCAGAGGCUUUGCAGUUACUCAUUGACGUUCAUAAGGAAUUCAUGAAAAAAGUAGAAGAGAAGCAGUUAGAUGUGAACACCGCCAUUACCAUGGGCGAAAGAAUUCUAACUGUAUGCCACCCAGACUGUAUUACAACAGUGAAGCACUGGAUCACUAUCAUCAGAGCACGUUUUGAGGAGGUUCUGACUUGGGGAAAUCAACACCAGCAGAGGUUGCAAGCAGCUCUGGCUGAGCUUAUUGCCAAUUCUGAUCUUCUAGAUGAGUUGUUAUCUUGGAUCCAAUGGGCAGAAACCACACUUAUCCAGAGGGAUCAGGAGCCCAUGCCUCAAAACAUUGAACAAGUGAAGGCCCUAAUCUCUGAGCAUCAGGUGUUUAUGGAGGAAAUGACACAGAAACAACCAGAUGUGGAUAGAGUUACAAAGACAUACAAGAGGAAAACAGACCCCAACCAUGCUUCAUUUAAUGACAAGAACCGAAACAGGAAGUCUGCAGUGCAGGCCACUCCACCUGUCUUUCAGGUGCCCUCUCAGUCUGAGACAAAGAACCCAAGGGUCAAUCAGCUCUCUGCACGUUGGCAGCAGGUGUGGUUAUUAGCAUUGGAAAGACAGCGGAAGCUUAAUGAUGCUUUAGACAGGUUGGAAGAGUUAAAGGAAUUUGCAAACUUUGACUUUGACAUCUGGAGAAAGAAAUACAUGCGGUGGAUGAAUCACAAGAAAUCUCGAGUCAUGGAUUUCUUCCGUAGAAUAGAUAAAGACCAGGAUGGGAAAAUUACCAGACAAGAAUUUAUUGACGGAAUAUUGGCAUCCAAAUUUCCAACCACAAAACUUGAAAUGACUGCUGUAGCUGAUAUCUUUGACCGGGAUGGGGAUGGAUACAUUGAUUAUUACGAGUUUGUAGCCGCCCUUCAUCCCAAUAAAGAUGCUUAUCGGCCAACUACUGAUGCAGAUAAGAUUGAAGAUGAGGUCACCAGGCAGGUGGCGCAGUGCAAGUGUGCAAAGAGAUUCCAAGUCGAACAGAUCGGGGAGAAUAAAUACAGGUUCUUCCUAGGGAACCAGUUUGGAGACUCUCAGCAGUUGCGCUUGGUACGUAUACUGCGCAGCACAGUGAUGGUCCGAGUUGGAGGAGGCUGGAUGGCACUUGAUGAAUUUUUGGUGAAAAACGAUCCUUGCCGAGUUCACCAUCCAGGGACUAAAUUAAAGAGAACUGAUUCCGUCUCAUCCAUAGCAAGGGGAAGAACGAAUCUCGAGCUGCGAGAAAAGUUUAUACUACCCGAGGGGGUUUCCCAGGGAAUGACCCCCUUCAGGUCACGAGGGCGAAGAUCAAAACCGUCUUCCAGGACUGCCUCUCCUACUAGGUCCAGCUCAAGUGCCAGCCAAAGUAACCAUAGCUGUACAUCCGUCCCAUCCUCACCUGCUACUCCUGCAAGUGGUUCCAAGACUCCACAGCAGCCAUCUCGCUGUUACGAGAAGCCCUGGCUUGUAAACAGCAAGGCUGGCACGCCCUCUAGGGGCUCCGAAUAUUCAGACUACCAGAUCCCAUCGUGUGAGGUAACGCCAGCACAAAGCAGCAAAAUGAAGAAAGCUGCUAUACAUACAAGCCGCUCUUCCCUCACAGGAGACAUGUCUGGAACCACCCCUUCUGGUGCCAAAUCCAGUCGAACUGAUCCCAAGAAAAGUGGCAGCCGUGCCGGGAGCCGUACAGGAAGCCGUGCCAGCAGCCGCAGGGGCAGCGAUGCCUCUGACUUCGACCUUCUAGAAACACAGUCUGCUUGUUCAGACACCUCAGAAAGUAGCGCUGCCGGGGGACCAUCCCGCAGAGGACUGUCUAAACCUUCAAAAAUCCCCACAAUGUCCAAAAAAACUGUCAGCACUCCUAAAACUUCCGGCACCAAGAGAUAGUCCUAACUGAAGCGACCUCUGGCACAAGAGCAAAUAGCCUAUAAAUGGGGCAGACCAUGACAUUUUCUAUCAUGCACUGUACAUCUGGAUGUACACUGUUUAUCUGUGGAGAAAUUUCUAUCGUCUAUACAUGUAUACGAAAAAAAAAUGUUUAUAACUGCCUUAUCCGUUUCUUUUGUUUUUGUAUGUUACUACUUCCAUGUGAAUAUUUCUGUAGAUACAAAGCCUUGUGUCAAUUCCUGGUAAAAUUCAGGAAGUCUAGUAGAGUGUAAAACAGGAGAGUAGAUGGCUAAUGAUGUGAUUUUGUGGGGUAUGAGACCCUUUUUGUUAGGGUUAAUAUCCUGAGGCAACACUACUAAACUUUAUUAAGGAAAUCCUCUGUUUUGUAUAUGAACUAUUCUUUAUUAAAUUGCAGAGGGAUCAGAGACUGACCUGAGGUUUUAAUAAAAGAUUGUCUUUCUGAAUUGACAGCACUUGCACAUCCUGCUUUGAACAUAUAACUAGGAUAUCAAGUCUCUCGCAGCAACUGCAGCUGAAAAGGACAAUGUGGGAGCAGCCACUUGCCAUGACAGGGAAUUCCAGAUCCUGGUGCAGCAUAGGUUAGCGUAUGCUUCUCCACAGCCAUUUUGCACUCAUGCCAGAUUCAGCUGAUUUUCUAAUUGUAAACUACAUUUGUUUUAUUUAUCUGCUUAGGAUUUUCUUAUUUAUUAUUUAAUAGUCAUUCCACGUAGAAUUUGUGUGACAUGUUCAUUUUUGUAAUUAACACUCACAGUUGUGUGUCCAAUAAAUGGGACUCACCAGCACAAUUCCUUCCUCACAUUCGUAUGCUGGCUCUCCCUGACAGAUCGACCCUGUGGGACGGGAAGUGUUAGAGCUCGGAUGGAUCCCUCCUAUCAUCGGUCCCUACAUCCAGUUCUAACCAGGCUGCUGUGUGAAAAUCUCAAAUAGUUUGCAACAGAAAUUGAUGCUGUACCAAUGAACUGUUAAACAACAACACUUUUGUAUUAAAAUUGCUUGCAGUAACCUCA